GCGCACCGUGCCCGGGGCAGCCCGCCCGCCACAGCGGUUUGGCGGCAUCGGGCUCCCGCCGGGGGUGGUGCGCGUUUGGGUGCCGUUUUAUCUUGAGGAAUAUGGGCUUAGGACUCUUGCAGCCCGUGUCAUUUCGGUGGCAGCUCGGAAAACCGUAAAGGUGUGCUGUCUCUGGGUAAUGACCCCUUGGACUGUCUCGUUCUAUAGGCACAGAAGCAGAGGUAAAAAGAACUGUGCCGGCUACCUGCGUUGGAGUAUUACGUUUGGUAAACACUAGCCAAAAGUGCUUUCUGUUUGGUGGAAGCAAAGCUGUUCUUAGUAGCCCUUUUGGCAAUAGGUACAGGAAAAGCUUUUCAGGACAGCAAGUUACCUAUAAUUCUGGUAGUAGAAAUGUGCAAGUAUGCAAUUUAUAAUAGAUCCUGUGAUUAUUCUUGCAGAAAGGUUAAAGGCACGCAACUGAUGCUUUAGGAAAUGGCAGAUGCAUCAGAUGGCUUUGAAGUUGUUACAUCAGAAGGGUCAGGUGCAAAGCAAUCACCUGCAUCCUCACAAGGAAAAGCAGUCAGAGAGGCUGGGGACCCAGCCGAGAAACCUCUGCUUCCAGAACCUGCAGACUCUGCACGGUCAGAGGAGGGCUGGGACCAGCGGUCUCCUUCUCAAAAUUCAGUACUGCGAGAGAAUACAGCAAAUGGGACAGAGACAGCAAGCAUGACUGAGGAUAAUGAAACAGUUAGGAAGUCUGGGUCUAAUUUUGAUGGAACUGUCCAGCCUGAGAAUCAGGGAGGUUUUCCUGAAAAAGUCAUUCAACAGGAUUACCGCAUGCCUGAUGUCGUAACUGUUAGAGUAGAAACAGGUUCGGACUCAUUUCAAGAAGUACUUGUAAAAAUUGAAAGACCUACCUAUAAAAAACCUUUUCUGGGUGGAUUUAGGAACGUGUCAACAGGAGUAGAAUUUCAUAAUGCAGGAUCACAAACAAUACCCAAAAAACGACCUGACAAAGGAAUUCCGUUACUUUGUAAGGGAAUACAGGCAGGUGUGGAAAAAAAUAAGCAACAACAAACAAGAAAUACAACAUCAACACAGAUGACUAAAAUUGGCCUUUAUAUAUCAAACAUGACUGACAAACUAAUUACUCCGGGAAAGUAUUUUACAGCGGAUGAAUACCAUAAACGUAGACUUGAAGCAGUAAUAGUAAUACAGAAAUAUUUCCGUCGUUGGUAUGCUAUAAAUUUAGUACAAAAUCUGAAGGAACAGAGGAGGGCAAGGCUUGCAUGGGAGGCACAAGAAGAUUUACAGAAAAAAAGGGAGAAAGAAGAAAAAUUGAGAAGGGAGUAUGAGAAAAAACUGAACCCUAAAACAAAAGAAGACUUUGAGCUACUGUACCACGACUUGGAAUUAUGGGUGCAGGAGGAGACUGGGCGAAUUAACAGAACUCUUUCUGGAGCUGAAAGAAAGGCAGCGCUUUGUGCACUUCUGGAGGAAGAGACACAGCUGAUUGCUUGCAUUGGGAUGCACAAACAAGAUGCCAAUGUGGAGAAUCAACAAAAAGCAAUAAUGCAACUUCUGGUUAAGUGUGCACAACCUAGGAGGUGGAAAGCAUUUGAUGGAAAAAUCACUGAAAUGGAUACACAGAGCACUCUCCGUGGAAAAGAACUGCUUGAAAUCUACCGCAGCAUUAACACAAAGGACAUCCCAAAAGAUGAGAGGAUAUCUGUGCUGUUAACACUCAAAUGUACAGUGAAGGAACAUGAAUGUAAAUUAACACAGGAAAUAGGGGCAUUAAUUGACAGGGAAAUUGAUCUUAUGUCAAGGGAGGUGAAAGAAUGCAACUUGGAAGGACUGAGGAAAAGAAUUUGUACAUUAUUUCUUCAGUAUACCAAAAGUCCAGAGUUUAACCCUGAAGUUGCUGGGUUAAUUAAGGUUCCACAAGAUCCCUUAAAGCUUUAUAAAAAUAUUUACUUCUGUCACAGCUGCGAAAAUUAUUUACCAUCUACUGAGUUUCUCAUUCCUGCAAAUUCCCGCACCAUUGGCAGAUGUCGCUCGUGUUACCAGCUUGACAAUGAGGCUCGGAAACGAGAAGCAUAUUUGAAGUACAGGCUUAUACUUGAAAAUCUCAGGAAGUCUGAAGUUGAUUAUCAGGAUGAUAGUAAAAUCGUUUUCUUAGUUCAGCUUCCAGAUAUGCAGUACCUGAUUGAGAAGAUAUGGAACUGCCAGUCAGCUCUCAGUGCCUGCAGUAAUCUGUAUGAUUUAGUUAUGGUCAGGUGGGAUAAGCAGCGUGAGUGGUCUCCAUGGAACACUAUUCUCCUCACUGAAGAAGAGGCAGAUGCACAUCUUAAGCUGUGUGACCCUCUGAAGACUUAUGAAGGUCCAUUUAUUUACAGAGUAGAACAAAAGCAUAUCCGGGCAAAAAACUACUUUGCUCAGAUUCCUGCGAUGUCACCAUUUUUGCAUAGAAGUAACAAUCAGGCUAAUGCAAAUUCCUACAUGAAACAUUGUUCUUCACAGUUAAAGAAGUGAACUAAAUUCCUAGGUUUUUAAAAAAAAUACACUUUUUUAUCAAUACCCUAAUUGUACUACACAGAUCAAAAUAAACUUCUAAGGAUAGAGUAAUUUGAUCUCAAUCACUUAAUUUUACUGCAUUUCGAGUUUUGUAACCUCAUUUAAAAAAAAAUAAAAUAUUGUUGAAGAGGUUUGUCAAUUCUCAGUUCUUAGAGUAAUGAUUAUUUUUCUGUAUUGCUGCAUUGUUUGGAACAUUCUGUCUGUAGUAAAUAUUCAUUUUGGGCAAAUUUUGUUAAUUCUUUGUCAUCCUUUAUUUAGAAAAUUAAUACUAUAGCAUUGUAUUAAAUUUAUUUUUCUUGUCUUAAGCACAUAAGGCAGAAACCCCCUCAAACCUUGGAUUCUUUCAGAACACAAUAGAUACAGCUUUCCAGAUAACUGCUUUGCCUUGAAAACUUUUGUGCAAAAGAACAACUUUUCAUUUUGUAGCUCAUCUAGAUGGUCAUAGUGGAACUGCCAUCAUAAAAUUAUUGUAUCCAAAUUAUUGUAUCAAUAAUAUUGAAAUUAUUAUACUUUGAGCAUUAUAAUUUAAAUAUCUUAUUUUGAAAUACACAUUUCAGAAUGCUUGAAAUAUAUUUCUUUUUGAGGAGUUUGUAUUUGUAUAAGUAAAUUAUCCCCAUAACUAAAAAAGUUUAUGUUUGAUCAUAGUUAGAGAAAAACAUGAUAUGGUGUAAAUUCAAAAAUCCAACAGGAAGUUGCAAGGUUCUUCUUGAAACCUCUAUUGUAGAUGUGGUUUUGACCCAGUCUUUUGCUCUAACAGAUGAAACUACCUAGGAAAAAGCAGUAGCAUUUACAAAAAGAAGUAAGCGCAUAUUUGGCAGCAAACAGCUGAAAACUGAAUUGACUCCUGCCCUUCUAUGGACAUGCUCCAGCACCUCAAUCUCUCUCUUCAGUGAGGGGCCCAAAACUGUAUUCAAAGUGCAGCUUAAUAGUGAACAGCAUUUGAGGUGUGCCCUCACCAGUGCUGAGUACAGGGGAACAAUCCCUGCUCUGCUCCUGCUGGCCUCACUAUUUCUCAUCCAUUAAUUCUAAAAGAAAACAUGUAAAAAUCCAGAUAAAUGGUUAGGAGUAAAAUGUAAGUAUAAAGUAUUUAAUAUUAUAACUUUUUGUAAUAAAAUUAUUGUAGUUAAGUGGGGAUGCAUGGUAAUGGAAAUAUUUCCUUCUUCAUUGCCAUUUUAUAAUGAUUUCACAGUAGUUUGAUUUUUGGUAUUUUGACUCUGUGUUGCAUUUAAAAAUAUCUCCAUAAUAAAGCAGUUCUAAACCUGGAGUCAAUAUCAUGGAUGAAUGUUCAAGGAAAAAGCCCUGUGGAAAUGCAACAGUAAACUGUGCUUUUGUGUAUACCAAC